AACUAUGAUGUUAAGUUUCGUUUUCCAGACUAAGAGCUGCGGGGGGAUAAUAUAUAGAAGAGACUUUCUGCAGAGCAUCAUUCGGAAGUCAAACGUCGCUUCAGCUCGGCCACCAGAUCAGACAAAAGAUCAUCGAACAACAUGAGCAACUCUACAGAUUGGGUUCCCUCCUUGUGGGUGGACACCUUUGAUGAAUUGCUGAACGAUGACAAUGAGCUGGACUAUGGAGACCAGUGGACUCUCAACUUUAGCUACAGCCAGACAGACAAAGUCACCAAGGAGGAGAGGAAGAGAGGCUGGAAGGUCUACUCCCACUGUGCUUAUGGAAAUUUCAAGUGUGAAUCCUGCAACAAGACCUGGUCUUCAGCACGGGUGGUGGUGUUGUUCCGCUACCGGCUGCGGAGUGACCGGGGGACGGUGAUCAUGCGGCCCUUUGGACAGGCCUGUCGGCAAUGCCAAGACGAUGAGUUUUAUCUCCCUGGUUUUUACAAGAAAGAGGUGGAAGAAGCCUUUCUCAGACUGAUCCGUAGAAUCCGGAAGAAUUGCUACGGAGAUGAGGACGACGAUGAUGAUAACAGUGCCUCGUCAGCACGUUUUACCAAGAAGACCAAGCCACAUGAGGCUUCCCUGUGUCAGGCCUGCAUUAUGGGCAUUUGCUGUCAGGAUGAUGACUAGAAGUGUGUUUCCAUGUGUACUUGUACAUCUAUCUUUUUUAGGACCAAUUUGAGUUUUAGACCUUGGGUGAGAUGACAUUUUUGGAAAUUGAGGACAUUUUGGCUGGUCCUCACUGUCAGACAGACCUUCAAAGGGCUGUUUGAUGGUUCAGACUUGGUUUUAAGCCCUUUGUUCCUAAUAUUUCAAAAUUGGUUAAUUAAGUCACAAUGUAGCUUAAUGGUGUGUUAUGAAAAUUAGCAGCACCAAUGAUAAUUUGUGUAUCAUGUAAUCAUUUUGUAUAUUUUUGUAUUUUUGUUGCUAAUAAUACAGUCUUUAGUCUGACCAUG